AUGGCUACAGAGUUUGGCCUUCUCUCCUUGACCCACCUCCACAACUUGGCUCAAAAUCAAGACCAAAAUCAAGAUCAAUUAAACCCUAAUAUUACCAUAAACAAUACUAGUACUACUUGGAUGUGGAACCCUAAACCCCAUCAAGCCGAAGAGGACGACUCAUGGGAAGUGAGGGCCUUCGCGGAAGACACCGGUAACGUCAUGGGGAUGACGUGGCCGCCGAGAUCCUACACUUGCGCCUUCUGCCGGAGGGAAUUCCGUUCCGCCCAGGCCCUCGGCGGCCACAUGAAUGUGCACCGCCGCGACCGCGCGCGCCUCCACCAAGUCAUCCCGCCCAAUUCCAUAAUCAACCACCCUUCUGCCGCCGCCACUGCGGCGGUGGCAGCGGCAACUGCAGCCACUUCUUCCUCUACCCCGACUUCUUCCUCUUUUUUAAUCCCGACCGGAGAAUUUGUCGCCGGCGGUGGCGGGCUGUGCCUUCUCUACCAAUUACCAAACCCUAAUGGUGCUUACGGGUGCUCCGAGUCUCCGUCGCCAUCCACCGUUCCCUCCGUCUCGUCAUACCCACCGCACAACUUGCUACGGCCGCCUUUCGCGCCAUCUGUGAAUUUCCGGCCGGGCGGCUAUAACAAUGCUCGCCGCAGCCGCCAUGAUCAGUACCAUCCAAACAGGGCUGAGGAAGCCUUAGAAUCGGCCGAAAACGGCGGCGAUGAAGAGCUUGAUCUGGAGCUUAGGCUAGGGCAUGGUCCAACCCCAUCUUGA